AUGGCCGUUUCGGAAAAUUUAAUGCAAUGUUUUAAAUGCAACGGUGAUGGUUGCCUCAGCAAUGAUAACGUGGAAAUCGUUAACUGCUACGAUGAGUUGCCGCAAAUGACAGUUAAGGCGAUGCGUUCGGAGCUUAUGAUUACAAAACCUUCUACCAGGACGACAUCUACAUCCAGCAGUGUAACGGAAAUAACAAAUACACCAAUGACAACCGGGACUAGUACAACUACUACACUUACAACUACACCUACAACUACACCUACAACUACACCUAAAACUACACCUACAACUACAGCCGCAACUCCACCUACAACUACUGUAACACCCAGUAUCGAAGAAAUGUAUGACUGUUUCAUUGUGAUAUACGGAGAUGGAAACUAUUAUGAGUUCAAAACAGGCUGUACCAAAAAGAAUAAACCAUUAUGUAGUGAUGUUGCAUUACCGACAAAUGCAUCCGUUAUCGCUUGUGAAAUAUGCUCAGAGCCAUUGUGCAAUGCUUUGCCUAGUGCUGCCACAUCGAAAUCACCUAUUGUCGCCAUUGCUAUUGUCUUGACUCUUCGCUUUAUCAUUUCAAUUUGA